AACAAAUUUAAAAAUAGUCGUAGUAUGAGUGCGGUUGAGCAUUGUUUAUUGGAUUUCAGUCAGUGCAUCCUAAUCCAGUUUGUGAUCACGUGAUCUACUGAGCAGCUGAUUUUGAAACUGCCCGAGGCGACUGCUGCGCCAUGAGGGCACACGGCCAAUGUCAUAGUUGCUCGCUCUGCUGUCAGGAGCGCCGGACUGUGAGCGGCGGCUGGGGUAUGUGGCGCCGCGCGCUAAUUCUGUGAUCCGGUGAUUGUGGACGAGUUGUUCCGCGGUGAGGUCGUUCCCAGUCCGUGGUACACUGAAUCCGCCGCUGGCGGUGCCUGCACGCUCUCCCGGCGCUGGGCGCUGCUCCUGCUGCUGCUGGGGGCCGCCUGCUGUCCGCUGCUGGUCGAGUGGAUGAGCCCGCUGCGGCUGCUACGCCACCUCUGCCCCCCGUCCGCCACCCGCGCCAUGUCCGCCGCCGCCGGUACCGGCUCCGGCGCCGACCUCUCGGUGGUGUAUGUGACGGCGCCGUCCGAUGAGGUCGCCCGUCGACUGGCCACGCUGCUGGUCCAGGAGCGCCGGCUGGCCGCCUGCGUCAACAUUGUGCCCGCUGUCACCUCCGUGUACGAGUGGGAGGGCGAGGUGCACCACGACAACGAGGUGCUGCUCAUCAUCAAGGCGCGUGCCGAGUCGGUGCCGGAGCUGGCGGCGGCCGUGCGCCAGAGCCACCCGUACGACUGUCCGGAAGUGCUGGCGCUGCCCGUGCUCGGCGGCAGCGAGCCCUACCUGCAGUGGGUGCGCGACACCGUGCGGCCCAAACAGCCCUGAGCGGAGGCACGGUGCAGUUCUGCAUCAUUGCCUGCAACAGCGGGAGACGCGUGGUUCGGUUUCAACCGAAGCGCUGUGAUUUUAGCGCUGUCCCGUCAUCGUCCGGCAUUGGUGAUGGCACGAACGGAUGGCGCAUUUAUCGUUGACAUGUGAUUUAACGGGUACUUGUCCAACCAGGAGCAGGUUUGUGUUUAACACGUUUGGUUUGUAUAGAGGUUUGUCAUUCGGGUAAUAAAGUGCUUUGGUGCCUGGC